CAGUCAGUGUUGCCUAACUUCGAGGGGACCAAACCAAAGUGGUAGUUUUCUUUUUUCGUGUCAAUUUCUAAGCGAAAAUUUGGCGAGUGUUAAUUAAAUAAAACUUAUAAACAACAGAAGGGACCCUUACACACUGCCAGCCAUGUCCCUGUUAAACAACGACGAUAGUAUUCCCAACAUGGACGAGGAUCCACAGGUGGUCAUUCCGGAUGACGAACCUUCGACGGCAGGCCAUAUGCCCAGUGGCAGAUCCAUGGACUCGCUGCGUUCUUCCUUCACCAACCGGAGUUCCACGCCGGAUUCUUCGCACAAUUCGCUGGAGGCCAUGGAAAUGGCCCAAGACGAUCGGGAGGAGAAGGCUCGUCUGAUUACUCAGGUUCUGGAGCUCCAAAAUACCCUGGAUGACCUGUCGCAACGCGUUGACUCUGUCAAGGAGGAGAAUCUUAAGCUCCGCUCCGAGAACCAAGUACUGGGCCAGUACAUCGAGAAUCUAAUGUCGGCCUCCUCGGUGUUUCAGUCCACCAGUCCGAGUGCGGCCAAGAAGAAGUAGUCCUCCACCCACCGGAACUCGAAACCAAAAACCAUCUCAAAUAUGCCUUCUCGUUCACGCUAGAGCUAUAUUUUAAUCUAUAACACUCGUAAUUAAGCUAAUGCAAUGUUGUUUGAGUUGCCCAAUCGUCGAAUUUGUAUUUGUUUAGGCCUAAGCUUAUGGCACGCUAUGUAUUUUAUACAUAAAAGUAAUUUAUUUAUAUAGAUAAUUAAUAAAUCAAUAAUAUUCCAAAGCAA